AUGGCGAGUCGAUUCGUUCUCGUGUUCACACUCAGCGCCCUGCUCCUCCUCUCCUCCCGCCCAGCUCUCUCCAAGGACGCCGUCGUCGAUGACGACGACGAGGAUCUCAGCUUCCUCAAAGAGCCGACCGAGCAACAGGGCCAUAGCCAUGACGCGGCGCUGCACUAUCCAGAUUCGGACGAAUUUGACGGCGAGAGCUACGACGACGCCGACGACUUCUCUGAUUUCGACGAGGGUGAUCAGGAGGCGUACAAGGAACCCGAGGACUUCGUCAUUUUGAAGGGGGCGAACUUCAGCAAGACGAUUAAGAAGAACAGGCAUUACGAUCCGUGCGACAGCGACAGCGAGAGCUCCGGUACCGAUCUUGAUCAUCACCGCCGUAACCGGAGGCGUCGUCAACAACAACCCUUGGAUCUUGAGAAAGGUGACCGGGACGGAGAUGGAGUCGGCGGCGACAGCUCAGAUCCAGAUCCUCGAUAUACCCUAAGUGACCGGAGACAUCAAGAUCGGCGAGCGAGCGGCCCGGGGUUUCUGGCGGAUGGCUUGGGUUUCUGGCGGAGGCUUGUUCAUAAAGCGCCUGGAGGAUGCAUCAACGCCCGGGACGCAACUCGCGUCGGCGGUGUCAUUGCCGACAAUAAUGAAUGCAUCGAAAGGGAGAGGAGAAAGGGGCAAACCGAAAGGGAGUCUGAUAGCCAAUUUUAUGAUUUCAAAAUAUCUGAUGUAAGGAAUGAGAAUGUGAGAGAGCAGAGGGCUGCAAGGAAGACAACUCAGAGGAGGGAGGGGAGAACUGAAACGGAGUCUGAUAGGCAGUCUCAGGAUGAAGAAAUAUCUGAUGUCAUUCAUGAGAGAGAGCAGAGGGCUGCAAGGAAGACAAUUCAGAGGAGGGAGAGGAGAACUGAAGGGGUAUCUGUGAGGGCGCAGCAUCUUGAAGAUGGAAUGGCUCAAAUAAGGAAGGAGCAGAAUGAGAGGAGUAAACAGAGGGCCACAAGGAGGGAAAGGGAUGCAAGGACUAGAAUUGAGAAUCAGCUGGCAUACGAAUCAAGACCAAAAUGGAGGGAUACUCAGAGGGAUUCAGAAAAGAAGGAACUAGGCUUGGUUCACCAGCAAGAAAUGAAUGCAAAGCGCAGGGAGGACCUUUUAAAAGAGAGGCGAGCACUCACACGGGCAGACAUCAGGAUGGAAUUACAGAGGGAGCGCCUGAAAGAUCAGAUAAUAAAAUGGCAUAAGGACUUGGAUGACCUAAUGGAUGAGAGACAGCAGCUCCGGAAACGAAAUGCUUCUCUCAAGAAACUAUGGUGGAUUUCCAUAGUGGUGGACGGAGUAAUUUUAACUUGUUUGGAUUUAUACAUAGAAGACGCAGGUGGCAUACGCUAUUGGACCUCUUUUGUUGUUUACAUGAUACUUUUUUCACUAUGGUGGGGUAUAAUAUCUAAGAGACAACAGAAGCUAGAUGGGCCUCCCGAGGCAAUUGAGUGUGGAGCUGGAUUAAUGAAGGGUCUUUGUGUGAUUGCCCUUAAGAUGGUGUUAAUCAACAGAUUCAAGAAAGAAUCUCUUCUCUAUUAUGUUGUCAAGUGUUUCUUUUAUGUCGGGGCUCGAGGUUUAAUUUAGGGUUUAGGUUUAUACAAGUUCACAGUCAAACAAUUACUCAUCAUAUGAGAUUUCCUGCUCUAGGGUGGCUAGUUCUCUGAUCAUUCCAUGGAACAACAGAAACUCAAAAUUCAGCAGAGAAGGAAAAAAAAAAUACAAAAGAGAUAUAUACAAGUUCACAGUCAAACUGUCAAACAAUUACUCAUCAUCUGAGAUUUCUUGCUCUAGGCUGGCUAGUUCUCUGAGCAGCUUAUCCAUAGUUUGUUCAAUUAGAAGGUCAGCUUAUCCAUAGUUUGUUCAAUUAGAAGGUCCUCCUUAUCCAGUUUCUCAAGAGUCAGCAGUAACAUAGCGUAGGAACUUAAACCUCGAGCCCUGAUAUAAAAGAAACACUUGACAACAUAAUAGAGAAGAGAUUCUUUCUUGAAUCUGUUGAUUAACACCAUCUUGAGGGCAAUCACACAAAAACCCUUCAUUAAUCCAGCUCCACACUCAAUUGCUUGGCGAGGCCCUUCUAGCUUCUGUUGUCUCUUGGAUAUAAUACCCCACCAUAGUGAAAAAAGUAUCAGGUAAGCAACAAAAGAGGUCUAAUAGCGUAUGUCACCUGCGUCUUCCAUGUAUAAAUCCAAGCAAGUUAAAAUUACUCCGUCCACAACUAUAGAAAUCCACCACAGUUUCUUGAAAGAAGCCUUUCGUUUCCGGAGUUGCUGUCUCUCAUCCAUUAGGUCAUCCAAGUCCUUAUGCCAUUUUAUUCUCUGAUCUUUCAGGCGCUCCCUCUGUAAUUCCAUCCUGAUGCUUGCCCGUGUGAGUGCUCGCGUCUCAUUUAAAAGGUCCUCCCUGCGCCUUGCAUUCAUUUCUUGCUGGCGAACCAAGCCUAGUUCCUUCUUUUCUGAAUCCCUCUGAGUAUCCCUCCGUUUUGGUCUUGAUUCGUAUGCCAGCUGAUUCUCAAUUCUAGUCCUUGCAUCCCUUCCCCUCCUUGCGGCCCUCUGUUUACUCCUCUCAUUCUGCUCCUUCCUUAUUUGAGCCAUUCCAUCUUCAAGAUGCUUCCUCACAGAUACCCCUUCGGUUCUCCUCUCCCUCCUCUGAGUUGUCUUCAUUUCUAGUGACUUGCUAAGAUGACUAACAAUUUGGCAGAAUACUUCAACAGUUGGAUUUUGCCCUUGCGUAGUCUUCCAAUUUUUGAUAUUGUUGAUGAGAUUAAAUUGAAGAUUAUGGAUAUGAUUGCUGAUUGGAAGGAAGAUAUAAAGUCAUGGUUCAUUGAGUUGUGCCUAGUCAUGGAAAAGAAGAUAAAAGAGAAUUUGGAGACAUUGGUGAAUGAGCAGGUCUGAUAAGGAUGUGUAUGAAGUUCAUUGCCAAAAAUAUUUUGUCAUGGUUAUUUUGGAGACGAGAUGCACAUCUGUUCGUGUGGGGAAUGGCAAGUUCAUGGCUUUCCAUGUUCGCACGCGCUUGAAGUUACUCAACACCUUGGUGCUUCGACCUAUGACUAUGUGAAUGAGCUGUACAAAGUCGAGAAAUAUAGAAAAACAUACUCUUUUCUGUCCAUCCAGUACCCUUAAUUGCCAAGCCACUGGAUGAUUUUUCUAAUGGUGUUGUGAUUUUGAAGCCCCCUUUGACAGGAAAGCCACCCGGGAGGCCAAGAACUAAUAGGUUCAAGAAGAGGAGCGAAACAACUGGGGUUAUCAAGUGCAGCAAGUGUGGAAAGGCUAUAGGACACAACAAGAACAGUUGUACAACUCAAAUAUAGUUGGAAGUUUGUCAAUUCAUUAAAAGUUGUUUUAACUUUGGCAAUUUUAUGGAUACAAAUUUGCACUGAUUUGAUUUUUGCCCCAUUGGAUAAUUUUGUUGGUUUUAUGAGACACUGUUUAACUUUUAAAAAUCUUGCACCGGUGUUUCAGUCUACAGGGCCUUAACAUGGCCAGUGAUAUUCACAGUGACAUUUUGUGUUUAAUAUUUCUAAGAUGUAUGAAUAGGAAAGCAGGAUUUUAGUUCUU